UAAAAUGGAGGGAGCGAUUAAAAAAUGACUUUAUAGUCAUUUGGACCAAGAAAUGAGUUAUACAGGGCGCUAGAAAAUACAUCAUAUCUGCAAUUACAGGAGGUGAAGUGUGGCGCUAGAAAAUACAUCAUAUCUGCAACCACAGGAGGUGAAGUGUUGCGACUUCAUUCCUUGCGGAACUCCUUCUGGAACGAACCCUCACUCUUUUCCGGGUGUCCAAGGGUUCCAUGGAUCAAUGUAGAGUGUCUUGACCUAAAUCUUGCCUGUCCUUUUGCCCGUUUACCCUCCUCUUCUGCCCAGCGCUGAUACUUCGUUCUAUCAUGCUCCAUAUGAACUUGCCAAAGUGAGAACUUAUGCUAUUGUUUAAUAUGUAGGUAUUGGUGAUGGACCAGACACCAAGGAACAGACAUCAAUUGGCCUGACAGCUGGCUGUAACAACUAAUAUUGGUAUUUUGUUUUCUAGGCAUUUAGACGCCAUUUAGAUUCUGGAUUUGACCUCAUACUGCUGGUGAUAUUGUCCUGUCUAUUUUGGCACCUUGGCAAAUCACAAAGUUUCUUCCGAUAUGGACGUUAUUGAAGCUGAAACAUUGGAGAGAGCGGAGGAGGAAAAAAUUGCAAUGGCUGUUGAUGGUGGGGAUUCCUCGGAAGAUGAGGCCGAAGUCAUACCAAAGGUUGUUGAGAACUUUUAUUUCACAGAUGAGAAUCAAGAACCAAUUUCCUUCACAGUCUUACCUAAUGAUAUGAAUGGCGAUGAGAAAAAAGAUGUGUCAAAUAAGGAAGUUUUCUUAGAGGGUACUGCUGAUGGUGGACUACAAAAGGUGUAUAAACAGGCUGUUGCAUGGAAACUAAAUCUCGAGGAGCAAAAACCUGUUAUAUAUGCUAUGAUUAAAGACAAAACCUGGAUCCAGCUACAGAAGCCUAGGAAAAGUUAUGAGGAGUUAAUACGGAGCUUUCUUGUUUCUGCUCACUUUCUUCAUUUUGCAAGGAGAAAUCCUGAAGCCUCAGAGAAGGCAUAUUGGGAGCAUUUACGGAAAUCCGUUAGCACAUCUGAUGAGAAGCCGGCAGAAUCUGAUUUGCUAAAACAUUUUUCUAUGAUUGAAAGCAUGUACCAGAGAGACGAGAAAUUGAAAAAUGCAAAUAUUCUGAAAAUUUUUCUGGAAAUGAAAUCUAAGAAGAGGAAGCCAUCUGAUGAGGAUGGGGAUAAUAAUUCCAAAGCUAAAAGAGCAAAAUUUUUAGUCAGUGAUGAAGAAUCUGACAGGGACUUUGGAGAAGAUGGUUUGGAUGAGUCUGACGAGGAGGAAGAUGAUUUAUUUGAUUCAGUGUGUGCCAUUUGUGACAAUGGUGGGGACCUUUUAUGUUGUGAGGGUCCUUGCAUGCGAUCUUUUCAUCCAAAUAAAGAAGCAGGUGAAGAUUCAAACUGUAAAUCGUUAGGUUUAUCCAAGGCACAAGUCAAGGAAAUUCAAAAUUUUUACUGUCGCAACUGUAAGUAUAAGCAGCAUCAGUGUUUUAUUUGUGGAAAGUUGGGUUCAUCUGACAAGUCUUUAAGACCAGAGGUUUUCAAUUGUGUUUCUGCAACUUGUGGUCUCUUUUACCAUCCACGUUGUGUAUCAAUAAUGAUUGCACCGGAAGCUGAGGCAGAAGAGCUUGAGAAGAAAAUUGGUGAUGGACUGCAAUUUACAUGUCCCGUGCAUAGAUGUAUUGUUUGCAAGCAGACAGAGCAGAAGGGUGAUGAAGAUAUGCAAUUUGCAAUUUGCAGACGUUGUCCCAAAGCAUAUCAUAGGAAGUGUUUACCAAAAUCCAUCCAUUUUGAAGAUGUAGGUGAUGAACCACAACGCGCUUGGGACGAUCUCAUCCCAAAUAGGAUUCUCAUAUAUUGCAGGAAACAUAAAAUUGAUCAAGAAUUAGCAACACCAAAAAGGAACCACAUCAUAUAUCCAGAGGUGCCUUCUGCUGAUAAAAUUGUGAAAAGAAAUCAUGUUAUAUCUCCUGAAUCUGGUGUGGGAAAGACUGUUGGUAAAAAGAAAAUGAAGUCACCAUCUUCUACUAGUGAAAAAUUUGCCUUGGAAUCUAUCAAAGAAAGAGCAUCUCCAAAACCAUCUGUAAAGAAAGAAAAGAUUACAUCUACUGGCAUACUUCCAAAGGUUCGUGGUGUGCCUGAGUUGCCUAAGAAAGCAAUGAAGGAGGUGGAUAUAUAUUCUACAGUGAAGGAGGAUAAACAUGCUAACUUGGAGAUGAAGAAGAGUCUGGGUCUUAAACAGAGUAAAUCAAAUAAUUAUGAUUUGAAUAAGAAUAAAACAGCCCAGGGAUUAACUUCUUCUAAACAAGAUCAGAAGAAACCUGCUGUUGUUCUACCCACUUUUGUAGAAAAUGACAUUAAAAUAACAAUCAUGGAUAUCAUUAAGAGAUCAACAUCUGGGAUAAGUCUGGAUGGUGUAUAUAAAAAGCAUCAAGUACCAUCAACGCACACGAAUUACAACAUGAGGAAUCUGGAUAAAUCUAUAACUCAAGGAAAGGUAGAGGGAGCUGUGGAGGCUGUUCGCACAGCUUUGAGAAAGCUUGAAGAAGGUGGCAAUAUUGAUGAUGCCAAAGCUGUUUGUGGAGCUGAUAUACUCCACCACAUGAUGAAAUGGAGGAACAAAUUAAAAGUUUAUUUGGCACCAUUUCUACAUGGGAUGCGCUAUACAUCAUAUGGUCGGCAUUUUACCAAAAUUGAGAAGCUGAAUGAGGUGGUUGAAAGGCUUCAUUGGUAUGUGCAGGAUGGUGAUACGAUUGUGGAUUUCUGUUGUGGGGCUAAUGAUUUCUCGAGGUUGAUGAAAGCAAAGCUUGACCAGUCUGGGAAAAAAUGCUUCUUUAAGAACUUUGACAUAAUUCAACCAAAGGAUGAUUUUGAAUUUGAGAAGAGAGAUUGGAUGACUGUCCAAACAGAUGAAUUGGCAACAGGUAGCAGAUUGAUCAUGGGAUUGAAUCCUCCAUUUGGUGUCCAAGCUUGCCUUGCAAAUAAAUUUAUUGACAAGGCUUUGGAGUUCAAACCAAAAUUAGUCAUACUUAUUGUUCCAAAGGAAACAAAAAGAUUAGACAAGAAACGAGAGGGAUAUGAUCUUGUUUGGGAGGAUCCAGAUCUAUUGAAAGGAGAGUCAUUUUACAUGCCAGGUUCUGUUGAUGUUGAUGACAAUCAACUAGGCCAAUGGAAUACAGUUCCACCACCGCUUUAUCUCUGGAGCCGACCUGAUUGGACUGUAGUGCACAAGGAAAUAUCAAUAAAGCAAGGACAUGUGAAAAAUCCUACAAUAACAAUGGAGCCUGAGGUUUUUGAAACAAUACCUUCCCAGUCAAUUGAAUGGAAUCUUGGUUUAGGAAAACAUGCUGAGAAGGAUCAGCAGUGCGCUGCUUUUGGAAAUGAGACCAUUAACAAGUCUGGCGUGGUCAGAGACAGUGAGAAGGAAUCCAAAUUUGAUUCUUUAUCUUUGGUACAUCAACUGGACAUUCCAGAUAAGAAAGACCAUGAAGAGAACAUUUAUAGCCAGAGGAGUUCUGAAACCCAAAUUAAGGCCAAAGAUGCUGAUAUGAAUGGUAAGAAAGAAAAGUCACCAGUGGGAGAGAAGGAGAGAGCAGAUCCUGUAGGGAGAGAAAGAUUCAACAAAGGGAAGCAUGAGAAAAAAAAACAUGAUGCAGAGAAAUCUGAAAAGACCAGGUCUGAGAGUGAAAGGUUUGACAGAGACAGAAAAAGAGAGAGGCCAGACAGAGGCAAGUUUGAAAAGGAGAGAAUUGUUUCGUCACCGCCCUUAAAGAAAAUGGAUUCAAUGAGGGACGAUGAGAAUGAGUAUAAUGGUUAUAUGCGAGAACAGGGUUCUGGACACAUCAAUGCUACAAAUGGUUUUGGCAGAACAUUUGACGGAGGACCUGGUAGUGGUAAUAGAGAAUAUGAGACAAGAGGGCUUAAGGUUGGUGGAACUGAGCUGGGGCAGGAUAUUGGAAGAGGUUUCCAAGGAUUACUACCUGGUGGUGUCGAGGAAGGCUAUGUUAGAGGUUAUCAUAGAAAGUCCGGUGGUGGUAGUGAGGGUUUUGGGAGGUUACAUACCAGUGCUUCUGAAGAUUAUGUGCGUGGAAUACAACUUAGUCACUCUGCAAAUAGAGACGAAGAAUACGCUCCGGCAGAAGUGACUAGAGGCUUCUCCAGAAGUUUGCCUUGUUUGGAAUCUGACUAUUCAGUUCCGUCAGAUCUUCAAAGAAUGCAGAACAAUGGACUGUACAAUAGACAGGCUCAAUAUGGUUAUGACUCGGAAAGAUCAAGUUUGUUACAAGAUCCUAGAACUCCUGAUUGGUUAAUGGGGGAUUCUCAGAGAGGCAGAUAUCAUGUUGAGCAGGCAUCUCGUAUUAGUGAUGCUUAUGUUCCCGAGUUACAUAACUCGUUAUUGUUAGGGAAACAGCAUGAGGAGCCUUCACAUCUUUUUAGGGGAACAUAUCAGUCCGAAACUUUCGGGCGUUCAGAAAUAUCCUCAUCAGUCAUGCAGCGUUAUGCUCCUCGUCUUGACCAGAAUAUGAAUUAUGCAAGAUCUAGUGGGAACAGUUCCUCUGGAGUUGGGCAAGCACGUGGAUCUGAAAGCUUUCCUUUUGAUCCAUUAGCCUUUGCACCAGGACCAAAAAACCUUUAUCCACAUCAAAGCUCCUCAGGUUGGAUUGACGAUUAAGCAUCCAAAGCAAUUGUGCAUCUCAACUAUAUUAUAUUUGUGGUUUUCUUCUCCGGUGGAUAACUAUUUAAUAUAGCUUUGGUAAUUUUAUUUUUGUA